AAUUUUUUUCUUUUUUCUAGAAAAUUUUUACUACUGGUGAUAUCAACAAAGAUGGGAAGUUGGACUUUGAAGAAUUUAUGAAGUACCUUAAAGACCAUGAGAAGAAAAUGAAAUUGGCAUUUAAGAGUUUGGACAAAAAUAAUGAUGGAAAAAUUGAGGCUUCUGAAAUUGUCCAGUCUCUCCAGAUACUAGGUCUAACUAUUUCUGAACAACAAGCAGAGUUGAUUCUUCAAAGCAUUGAUUCUGAUGGGACGAUGACAGUGGACUGGAACGAAUGGAGAGACUACUUCUUAUUUAAUCCUGUUACAGACAUUGAGGAAAUUAUCCGUUUCUGGAAACAUUCCACGGGUAUUGACAUAGGAGAUAGUUUAACUAUUCCGGAUGAAUUCACGGAAGAAGAAAAGAAGUCGGGGCAGUGGUGGAGGCAGCUUCUGGCGGGAGGUGUUGCUGGUGCCGUCUCUCGAACAAGCACCGCCCCGUUGGAUCGUCUGAAAGUCAUGAUGCAGGUCCAUGGUUCAAAAUCAAACAAAAUGAACAUAUACGGUGGCUUUCGACAGAUGGUGAAAGAAGGAGGUAUCCGCUCCCUUUGGAGAGGAAACGGUACAAAUGUUAUCAAAAUUGCUCCUGAGACAGCUGUUAAGUUCUGGGCAUAUGAACAGUACAAGAAGUUGCUUACUGAGGAAGGACAAAAAAUAGGCACCUUUGAGAGAUUUGUUUCCGGUUCCAUGGCAGGAGCAACUGCACAGACUUUCAUUUAUCCUAUGGAGGUUUUGAAAACCAGGCUGGCUGUAGGCAAAACUGGACAAUACUCUGGAAUAUUUGAUUGCGCCAAGAAGAUUUUGAAACACGAAGGCGUGGGAGCUUUUUACAAAGGUUAUGUUCCCAAUUUAUUGGGCAUCAUACCGUAUGCGGGCAUAGAUCUUGCUGUGUAUGAGCUCUUGAAGUCCCAUUGGCUAGAUAAUUUUGCCAAAGACUCUGUAAACCCUGGAGUCAUGGUGUUGCUGGGAUGUGGUGCCUUAUCCAGCACCUGCGGUCAGCUGGCCAGCUACCCCUUGGCUUUGGUGAGAACACGCAUGCAGGCUCAAGCCAUGGUAGAAGGAACCCCACAGCUGAACAUGGUUGGGCUCUUUCGACGAAUAAUUUCCAAAGAAGGAAUACCAGGACUUUACAGAGGCAUCACCCCAAACUUUAUGAAGGUGCUCCCUGCUGUAGGCAUCAGUUACGUGGUUUAUGAAAAAAUGAAACAAACUUUAGGAGUAACUCAGAAAUGACAUGUUGAAUUUUUUGCUUUAGCAUGAGUCUUGAAACUUUCAACAAUCUCUAGAGAGAACUCUUCUCCUAGAAUUGCAACAAGUCUAUGGCAAAAGAAGCUGUAUUUUUUUUUUCACAAAAGGGAAGAGCAUAUCAAUGAUACCUUCAAACAUUUGGGCUCAGUUUUAUAUAUUCAGAAAUGUUAAAAAACCAUAGUUUCGAUGGCACAUACAAUUUUGAAAAGGCCAUAAAAUUGUAUUUUGUCUUUUCUUAUUAGUCCUUUCUAUACAUCUCUGCCCUGAAUCUUAAAUCUGAAAAAAUGUACUUGCUUGACCUAAAUUUGUUUUGUGUGGUAGAAUUAUAAAUCUUUAUUUUGGUUGAUUCAAGUUUAUGCCAGUUUCUUUAUACUUAAAAAUCUUUUUUUUUUAAUGAUCAGAAAACCUUGAAACUUAAAUUGUUUACAUAUUUUGAAUGUCUUUAUAGACUUCUUAAAAUUUCCUUGUAGGACCAUUAAUAGAGAAUCAUUGCAUGAAAAUAUACCUUACAGCAGCCAAAUAGGUAUUGGGUUUAUAUUUUUCUUUAAGGUGAAUAAGAAUGAAUGUAAGUGGCAGAAUUUCAAGGCAUGUGAAUACCCUAGUCCAUUCAUACCAUUUUUGUGUAAGGAGGAGUCAUAAAAUAAUAUUUAUUUCAGAGGGCCUUUCUCCAUUUUUCUUGUACUGUGAUUUGAUUCCCAGGAUGACACACCGUCAAUAUAUUACUGUUAAAUUAUCAACACAAGGCAACUUAUUUGAAAGAUUCUUUUUAUUAUCAUUGCUUUGAAAAGCACCAGGAAACAAAACCCUUUUACUUAUAUCAGCUUUUGAAGACCAUCUCUUCUCUUUGUCUUUUGUUUCCUACUUGACUCAGACUUCUGUUUUAAUCACGAAGGCUUCUGGGGACCAUUCUGGGUUAUCUGAAUUUCUUAAUCACAUGAAGUAUGUUGAUCGUGGGUGAAUGACAGUCUCAUUUCCCCCUCACUGUUUAAUUUCUUUGACCCUGCAAUGCUCAAUUUGGGCAGAACAAACCUAGGAGAAUAGUAGAUACUAAUAGUAGUAUGUAUUAAUUUUAUAUAUUUGGUACCUAUAUUUAAAUGAAAGGCCCAAUUUACAAACAUGUACAUUCAUAUUCUCUUUUGCCCCCAGUUUUAGGAACAUGUUAUGAUACAGAAAACUUAAUUUAUAAUAUUGAUGGCAUGUUUUUAUUUUACUAACGCCAUUUUUGUAAUCAACUGUCUUUUCUGAUUUGUGUGAUUAGGACUUAGAAAAAUAUUUGGUAGUUGAAGUUAUUCUUACCAUUUUUUAAUUUAGUUCUUAAACUCAAGUUUGAUUUCUAGUAAUUUCUGAUAAAUUGCUGACAUUUUAAUAAAAAUCUAGUGACGUAAUAGGCAUUUGCUUUGUUUGAACCUACCUCUUAUAUUUUCUGAACCAAAGAGGAAAUGUUGGACUUGUGUUUGUGAAACAUAUCCUAAAAUAUAGUUUUCAUUAUAUUAGUUAUGCUUGAUAAAUGUCUCAUUGUUUUUAUAAUACAUAUGGUAAGCAUGCAACUCCAUCUUCAGGGUGUUUGUACUUCUGAGUAAUGCAUAAAUGACAAUAUUAAGGUAAAUGAUUAGCUCUUUUUUCAAUCCUAAAAAUUAUGGACUGAGUAAAGUUUCAAGCUACUGAAAAAUAUUCAUUGUUCAUUAUGAAUUUAAAUUUUUGCUAUUUAACGUUUGUAAGGUAUGAAUGUGAUUUAUCUGUGUAUCUUGUAUCUUUUGAAAAACUGAUCUUGUAUCUUUUGAAAAGAGCCCAGAGUUGAAGAUAGUUUAUUUCUGGCAUUACUGCAUAUUUACGUUCCACUUAUAUUAAAUAGAUGUAUUUGUUUUUAAAAA